AUGAGCAUAAUUGCUUCUGGGAUGUCUGACCCACAACAGAAGUCCUCCUUUGAACAAUUGGAAUCUGGGAGCACGGAAAGGCCCGCCAGCUCGAAGACAGAGGAGGCUUCUUCAUCGCCAAAACCUACCUCGCGCGAUAUUCAAACUUGGCCAGAAUGGAAGAAAAACAUGAUGAUUUUGAUGGUUUCAUUCCACUCUAUGAGCUCCACAUUCAUGGCUGCAGGGCUUGUCCCUGCAGCUGCGGGAUUUGCAACUUUGUAUCGUGUAUCGCUUCCCGACGCAAGCUACCUCAUAUCCAUCCAAAUCCUAUUACUUGGCAUAGCUCCAAUAUUCUGGACUGUUAUUGUUGAUCGGUACGGUCGCCAUUAUGUCCUAAUAUUCUCCGUCCUUGCAAGUUUGGUGUGCAAUAUUGGGGGCGCUCGGUGCACAACUUACGCCGGCCAAAUGAUUACCCGGGCAUUAACCGCUAUUGUCAUAUCGCCCCCAAUCGGGAUCGGCAGUGCAGUGGUAGUUGACCUGACUACCGCGGAUGAACGUGCGAGAAAGCUAGGCUGGUGGGUCUUGAUGACCAUUCUUGGUACGCCCUGUGGACCCUUUAUCAUGGGGUUCGUAGUGCAACACAGUCAAGUGCAAUGGAUAUUCUGGAUCUAUGCCAUCAUGAACUUCAUUCAAGCGGCUGCCUAUCUCAUUUUUGGUGGUGAGACGCUCUAUUUCGCCGAAAGCGAGCAUUCCAUCACAGAGAGACGAGAUUCAGGCAUCAAGAAAUAUCUGAUGGAAUUGGUGCCGAAGAGACUCAAUUCGCGCCCAAUCACUGUGCGGGAUUUCUUUUCUCCUUUCGUGCUGAUCUAUAAGCCCCAGAUCUUAGCAGUGGCUUUGGCUACUGCUGUAACGUUCUGCUACGGAAACAUCAUUUUCGUUGUUGAAAUGCCAAUCACUUUCGGGGAGAGGUUUGGGCUCAACGCUGAGCAAACAGGUCUCCAGUUUAUCUCCGUGAUUAUUGGAUGUUUCAUUGGAGAGCAGCUAGCUGGCCCAAUGUCUGACUACUUCAUGAAAGUAUGUCGAAGGCGUAGAGGCCAUGUCCAUCCCUCAGACCGCCUGUGGCUGACGUACAUUGGCUUCCUGACCAUCAUUGCCGGGCUUUUGAUUUGGGGAUUUCAAUUACAAAAGACGACAACUUGGAAUAUUACUCCAUGUGUGGGCAUUGCCGUUGCUAGUUUUGGUAACCAGAUCCAGUCAACUAUCCUCACCGCAUUUGCCGUGGAUAUUUGCCCCGAAAAUUCUGCGGCCAUUGGCGUAUUCUUUAACGUUAUCAGACUGCUUUACGGUUUUACCGGCCCAUUCUAUUUCCCCUAUAUGUUCAGUACAUUGAAGUUUACCGGAACGGCAGGUGUCAUGUGUGGGCUAGUGGUCGUCGGUGGAAUGAUUCCUACUCUGAUUGUCCAGAUCACAUCUUCGCGUCGACGACUCGAAGGCUAG